AUGCCUGAGCCAAGGACAAUUCGCUGGGGAAUCCUCGCAACCGGAGGCAUCGCCAAAGCCUUCGGCCGAGAUCUCUCAGUCGACCCCAAUACGCGGUCAGCUUCUGACAUUCGUCACGAACUUGUCGCGGCCGCAUCUUCAACCUCAAAGUCUAGAGCGGAAGAGUUCCUGCGGCACUGCGAUGCUCCAUCUCACGCCAAGGCCUACGGCUCCUAUGCCGAGCUCGUUCAGGACCCUGAUGUUGAAAUCAUCUAUAUUGCCACACCUCACUCUCACCAUUAUCGGAACGCCAUGCUUUGUCUUGAAGCCGGCAAGAACGUGCUCUGCGAGAAGGCAUUUACUGUGAACGCCAAGCAAGCCAGGAAGCUCGCUGAAAAGGCCCGAGAGAAGAACUUGCUCCUGAUGGAAGGGCUCUGGAGUCGAUACUUUCCCCUCUCCCUCUACGUCCGCGAGGUUAUCGAGUCUGGAAAAAUUGGCCCUGUUGAAAGGGUGUUGGCCGAACAUAGUCUGCCGUACGCGGGUGGUUUUGAGGACGAUUCCCACAUCAUGGUCAAUCCUGAUCUUGCCGGUGGGAUUCUGCUCGAUGGAGGCAUCUACAGCCUGACUUGGGUAUUCCAGUCUCUGUACAGCCUUCAGCCAGCAUCUUCUAGAAGUCUCCCGACUAUCAAAAGUGCUGUUGCCAAGUACAGCCGGACUGGUGUUGACGCAAUGACUACGAUCCUUCUCGAGUUCCCUCGGUCUGAGGAGCAGGGUGGAAUCGCACACGCGGUCGCCUCAACCUCUUUGGGUUUGUCCAAUGAUGCCAUCGCUCAGAGGCAAGGCGCAGUUGUGCCCAAUAUCCGCCUUCAGGGAUAG